AUGAUGAAACGAAUUAUGGGCAACAUCGACCUAAUGAAGUCUGUUCGUGCGGCAUACAAAGCCAGGGAAGCAUUUGACGUGCACAAUACACGAAGGCAUCGUGAACAGACUUCUUUGAAAGACAAGGUCAAAGCUAUGUGGUUCUGUCUGAAGGAGGGAUUCUUUGUGAAUCACACUAGCGAAGGCGAGAACGACAUUACUUCAUACAGCUCAUGUGGAAAAACAAUGAAAGUAACACCCAGCCUAAUUGAUGGUUACAGCAAAGGAGUUGCUAAAUUUAAACUCGUUUUCAAAGAAAGAUUAUUUAAGUACUUUGGCCAACAUGAAACAUGCAUUGAAAGUGAAGAUGACGAAGAUGAUGAAGAGCUUGGCGUUUGUUAA